AUUCAUUUUCGUCUCCUUCUAGAUCUUUUGUUACUGAUAUUGAAAGCAUUUCAUCCAUGUCUUUGCUACCAAAAGUGAGAGGCUUCAUCUUCCUCUUCUGCAAAUCUGCUCGACCAUCUACCAUCAAGCCCUUCACCGCCUGCCUCUACAAGCCCUUCAGGAGGUAUGGCCAAGGGAGCCGACUGCGUGAUGAUAGGCACGAAAUGGAUGAGAAAAGAGCGCCGUCAAUAGCGGAAGUAUUCGAAAGGGUUGCGGAGGAGAAGCAAAAGCUUCGAGCGGCGGAGCAAGGGGUGGCGAGUCAGACGAGUGAUAAGUUAUAUGAUGGAGCGGAAGAGGCCACCAUUGGUAAGUCUAAAGUUGAACCAGUGAAGAAGAAAUUCGAAGAGCCUGAAGAAGGAGCUGAUUACCGCAGGACGGGCGAUGAGGCUUAAAGUUUUGCGAUCUCAAAGAUUAUAUAUCUAUAUAUCUUAAAUUUUCUUUAGUUAAUUAGAUGAGUGGGUUUGUGAUUAUGUUUAAUAAAUUCAAAACAUUUGAAGAAGCUCCAUGAUCUUGAUGCUAAAUUAUGGUUGUUUGGAUUGCUGAUUGUUGUUGCCGUGAAAAUUGCUUUGUUGUAUUGAUCAAUAAAGUGGGUUUGUGAUGCUGUUUAAUAAAAGAUGCACAUAUUUGAUGAACUCUA